AUGUUCCUGAAGAGUUUUGCCCAGAGACUAUCAGUUCAGAAAUGCAGCAUGAGAUCUACACUGGGAGAGAAGCCGAUUGCACAGGAUUUGAGAGCUUUCGUCGAGAGACUCAUUAUAAUAGAAAUACAGAGAGAGGCAUUCAGUAGGGAAAUAAAUUGUUUACUGAAUGGCAAGGAGCUCCAGAAGGACAGUAGUAUCCUGAGUUUGAAUCCUUUCAUUGACAAUGAUGGUAUUGUUAGGGUUGGAGGACGCUUGAACAAUGCUGACCUCAGCAAAAUGGAGAAAAAUCCUGUUUUGAUCCCUAGACGUCAUCAUGUAGCAACAUUAUUAAUUCGUCACUAUCACGACAAAGUCAGACACCAAGGCCGCCUUCUGACUGAAGGAGCAAUACGAAACGCUGGGUUUUGGAUCGUUGGAUGUCGACGCAUGAUAAACUCGUAUCUUCGUGAGUGUGUCCGGUGUUUGGAAUUACGAGGAAAGCAACACUUUCCUAAGAUGGCCGAUCUUCCAUGCGAUCGGUUGGAUCCAGCUCCCCCAUUCAGUUUCAUUGGAAUAGACGUUUUCGGACCAUGGACUGUCCUCAGUAGGAAAACGCAUGGUGGGCAGGCUCAUUCGAAGAGAUGGGUUGUGAUUUUUACAUGUUUAGUCAUCCGUGCUAUUCAUAUAGAGGUGAUUCAAGAAAUGACAUCAUCCAGCUUCAUAAACGCACUUCGUCGUUUCAUUUCAUUAAGAGGAGAGAUCAAACUCAUUCGAUCGGAUUGUGGAACCAACUUUGUUGGAGCAGCAAAAGAUAUUGGUGCAAACAUUAUUGAUAUCGAAGAACCCAAUCUUAAAGCCUUCUUAGCACAGAAAGGCAACUCUUGGAGGUUCAACCCGCCUCAUUCAUCCCACAUGGGUGGGGUCUGGGAGCGUCUGAUUGGCAUUUCGCGGAAAAUUCUUGAUUCACUCCUUUUGGAUGUUCCGCACAAAAACUUUACACAUGAAGUCCUCUCUACAUUCAUGGCAGAGGUUUGUUCCAUUAUAAACGCGAGGCCCCUUACACGUGUUCCAUCGGACCCGGAGUCUCCUAUGCCACUGACACCAUCAACCUUGUUGACAUUGAAGACGAAUCAUACAGUGGAGUCCUUCUGUAUUGAGGAAUUCUCUCCGAUGGAUCUUUACAAAAGUCAGUGGAGGUGCGUUCAACAACUCGCGAACUGCUUCUGGAAAAGGUGGAAGAAUGAAUUUCUUUCAUCUCUACAGGCAAGACGGAAGUGGCAGAACGAAAGCAAAAAUGUUACUGAAGGAGACAUUGUCCUCGUCCGAGACAAAACGCUACAUCGUAACGAGUGGCCAAUGGCCGUCAUUAGUAAAGCCAUUCCUAGUGAAGAUGGUCGCGUCCGCAAGGUGGAAGUGCGUGUUUGGAGAGAUAAAGUUUACCUCCGACCUGUCACUGAGGAGGUAGUUCUUGUGCCCAAAGGAUUGGAGUAG